AUGAGCCACGGUUCUGUUCGAGGGGUCCGCUUCAGCGUCGCGCACGACAACACUCUGCUGCCCGCGCACACAACCGCCGACAUGACCAAGCCCGUCGUGGUGAACGCGCCCGAGCUGCUGGCCACCGACUCGUCCGGGUCAGCUUCUUCAGGCGAAUCCGACCAGGACGCGCCGCGGCAAAGGCUUGGCUCUCUCGACGACGACGGCCAAUAUCAAUUUGCGCCGCCCGUGACCACGACGCCCAUCGACGACGUGCCGCCACUGAGUGCUGGCGGAGGCUACAACUGGACCACCACCGUACCGUCUCGUUCGCGCGGCAUUGCGACGCCCGGCGGAACCGUGGCCGCUUUCGACAACCAUCUGCCGCCCAUACAGACAACCGGCAUGAGCACCGGACGGACGCCGCGACCCGCCGCGGUCAGGACGCCGUCCAACGCAUACGCACCUGCCCGUCGCCCGCAGCAGUUCUCCCUCAACACCACCACGAGCCGCCACCGCAAUUCCUCGACGAACCGCGCCCGCCGCAACCCGAAUGCCGAUUAUCGUGCUCAGGAAAAGGCAUACGUGCAGCGCAUCCGGCAGGAGAACGAGCACGAUGAGUUCUUCAGCGACGUACGCACGCCGAGCCUCGGGUAUAGCACCGACUCCGAAUCGGACGACGAGUCGCCGUCCACCGCCGAGUACGUCGAUAAUGACCCCUACGACCAGGAGACGCUGCUGUACUAUGGCAACGAUGACAUGCAGCCGUCGGUGGAGGAGCUCAAGAUACCUGCGAACCGCGAGAGGCUGGAGUGGCAUUCGAUGCUCGCUAGUGUCCUCACGGGAGACGUCGUGAAGCAAGAAAAGAAGCGGCUGAUUGGCAGCACCGAGCAGCAGGGCGACAGCACGCUGAAGGCCGAGAUCUGGAUGGGCAUCCGCGCCAAGGUCUGCGGCAGGUCUCUCCAAGCACAGCGCCGGAUCAUAGACGACAAGCGGUCAAGCAUCAGGACGGAGCUCGAGAGCAUCAUCACGUUCGAGGUGCAGGGUGCCGCAGAAGCUGGCCAAACUGCAGCAGCACAGGUGGCUGAAGUCGUCAAGAAGAUCGAGAAGAUCGAAAGCCUCUUUCCCACAAGGCAGGCGCUCGAGCAAGCUUAUCCUAGGGCGGCGUCGCAAGCCUACAAAGACGCCUGCGAUGCCGUCGUCGCUUGGAACAACACCACGGAGCUUAUCAACACAGAAAUGUCCAUCUUGAAAAAGUGGGUCGGCAACGAGGAGCUGGAUUUCUCCAUGCCACGGGCACGCUCGUCCCAGGACCACCAUCUGACCGACGAUUCCUCUUUCAUCGACCGCAUAUUGAAGGAAGACGGUCUCAAGUCGCUGCAGGGAGAAUCGAGCCUUCUGGAUGCUCUGGAGAAGGUCAUCCACAAGGCAAAGGCUACUCUGAUUGCCAAUGCCGAGGGCUUCGCCGAUAGACAUCUUCCGCCGUAUAUCGAAGAGCUGCUUACGCUGAUCAAUUUCCCUUCGCGCCUGCUCCAGGAGAUCAUUAGAGUCCGGCUCUCGUAUGCCAAGAAGAUCAAGGAUCCCACCCAGCAAGGUGUCAUGAUGGCGGAGCAGAUGAUCUCGCAAUUCCAGAUCCUUCUUACCUUAGCCGGUAAAAUCAAGGAAGGCUACAUCAUCACCUCACGGCCGGAGCCAGGGUGGGAUCUGCCGGUUUGCAUUGAGGAGAACUUCGAUGUGGUCGUGUUGGAUGCUCUGAAAUUCUACUUCAAGAUGCUGAAUUGGAAGUUGUCAGCAAAUAAGAACACGUUCAAGGAAGCUGAAAUCCUGGAGCAAGAGUGGGAAUUCUCUAAUAAGCUUGGGCGACAGCUUGAAGGUGGUGAUGUGGAGACGGCGGAACAGUUCAGCUCUCUCACAUCCAAGUCUCUGUCACGUCUAACUGCGCACUUUGAGAAGGAGCUCCAGCGCAGGCCGGAGGAGCUCACAGGCGCCGAGAUGGAGAAACGAUACAAACAGAUACUAGACUCCGUCCGUGUACGGCAACGGAAGCUGUUUCGUUUCUCUAGGAUACUUACUCAGCGUUUCGAGAAUUGUACCGAGUACAAUAUCAACCAUAUCGAUUUGGACCAGGAGCAGCUAAACGAUCUCUACGAAUCACUGGUCAUCACAGGGCACUUCCUGGUGGAGACCACUGGCGGAGAUAACAUGGGCGUAUACAUCAUUGCUUCACCGGCUUUGCAGGAUCGACCGAAGGACAUCCAGUCUCUCCUCACCACAUGCUAUCAUGCAGAAGAGAAUCCGGAAGAUCCCUCGAACCCGUACGCCCUCAUUAUCAGGCCCGAGACGCGUCUUUACUGGACUGGGAAGAAAAUGGCGGCUAAUAUCCGAGAACCUCAUCUGGACGUCAAACCCGGCAGAUUACGACUGGUCGCCGAUGGUUCACAGCAGCGGCUUGCGAAUGCAAAUGCGUCCUUUCUGCAUGCCAUUGGAAUUGACUUGAAUACAUUAGUAGACCAGCGAGCGAACCUCCCUCGUGUCAACCAGGAAUUGCAAAAGAUUAAGAAGACCGCAUACAAGCUCUCCAACACCAUCAUGGACAGUGUUGAAAUAGUACGGAAGCAGACUGUUGGGCUUGACUGCCAGGACCUUAUCCAGACUUGUUUCGCAUUCGCAACCGAGUUUGGCCAGCGUUCCCUGCUUUACAUGGACUACAACCGCCGUGCCAUGAAUAACAUAAAGCUGACUCGGUUGGCUUUAGACUGGGUGAGCUUUAUCUGCGAUGACUGCAUCGCUUCGGAUCGGAAGACCUUCCGCUGGGCUGUGGUUGCGUUAGAGUUCGCCAUGAUGAUGACCCGUGGGCAGAACAUCCUCUCUAUUAGCGACGAAGAAUACUCUAUGCUACGCUUGAAAGUAGCCGGGUGCAUGUCAGUGCUCAUCUCACACUUCGACAUCAUGGGUGCAAGGUCUACCAUUGCAGCCCAAGCGGAGCGGCAGCGGCUGAACGCUCUUGUUGGCAAGACCCUUUUCGAUCCCAAGAACAUGAAGGACGAUGACGAGUCAAUCCAGUUGACUCAGGAGCAAUGGAUGCAACGGCUCGAAGAGAUAGAUGCAUUCAGAAAAGAGAAGGAGGCCGAGCGCCAAACCCUAGGAAGAGUGCUGGAAGAUUCCAACGAAGCCGAUCGGGCGCUUACCUAUCUAUCCUCUUCCGCUACUAAUGUUACUCUGCGAUGGCAGCAGGGACAGUUUGUCGGCGGUGGCACCUUCGGCUCGGUGUAUGCGGCCAUGAACCUGGACUCUGGGCAUUUGAUGGCUGUCAAAGAAAUCCGUCUACAGGACCCACAACUCAUUCCUACCAUCGUAGCGCAGAUCCGCGACGAGAUGGGGGUUCUACAAGUCCUUGAUCAUCCAAACAUUGUUUCCUACUAUGGUAUUGAGCCGCAUAGAGACAAGGUGUACAUCUUCAUGGAGUACUGCUCCGGCGGUUCUCUGGCCGGUUUGCUCGAGCAUGGCAGGAUCGAAGACGAGACGGUGAUUCAGGUAUAUGGCCUGCAGAUGUUGGAAGGUCUCGCAUAUCUCCAUGACUCCGGCGUCGUGCAUCGCGACAUUAAACCUGAAAACAUCUUGUUGGACCACAACGGAGUCAUCAAAUUCGUCGAUUUCGGAGCUGCUAAAGUCAUAGCAAGGCAAGGUAGAACCUUGGCUGCUGAACACACAGCUACUCGACAAGGCCGACAGCGCUCGAUGACCGGAACUCCGAUGUACAUGUCGCCCGAAGUUAUUCGAGGUUCGGGACAAGGCCGUCACGGCGCAGUCGACAUCUGGUCUCUCGGCUGCGUCAUCUUGGAAAUGGCAACUGGUCGCCGACCCUGGGCUAGCAUGGACAACGAGUGGGCCAUCAUGUACCACAUUGCCCAAGGCGACCCUCCUCAACUUCCAACCAAAGAUCAGCUCAGCGAACAAGGCAUCGACUUCUUGAAGAGAUGCUUCGAGCGCGACCCAACUAAACGCGCUUCGGCCGUGGAACUCUUGCAGCACGACUGGAUCAUGACUUUGCGAGCACAACUGUCUCUGGAACCGCAGACUCCGAGCAGCGAAACGUCGAGCAAUUCAGGCGGUCCAGGUAGUGCUACCAGUACCCGCCAAAAUUCCGCCGUCUUCGGCUAA